AUGUCAUACCCCCAACAUCCCGCGCAGAGGCCGCCGCCUUUGCGACAAUACAAUGCCCCUCCGCCUUCCAUGGCAUCGCCAGGAGGUUAUUCGCAAGAUGGUUCCCAAGGCGGAUACAGCGACGACAUGGGUGGCCACUACCAGCAGACCGACCCAGGCUACGACGAUGCGGCAUAUAGUUACCAGUCCAGCUCCUCCGGUUCGCAACCAUAUGCUGCCACACAAUCCCAGCCGCGCUCCAUGCGUCCACCGGGUCCACCAGGCCCGGGAAAUGGACGACCUCCAGGCCCUGGCUAUGAUGAUCGACGUGGCUAUCCUCCCGGCGGAAGACCACCGCCGCAAUCGCGGUCAAGAACACCUGGCGCACGCCCACCCCCAGGCGGUUCCUUCGACAAUCCCUUUCCCUCCUUUCCUAAUCGAGACCCAAGAGAUCCGAGGGCACCCAGAGACCCGCGCGACCCGCGCGACCCUAGAGCCCAAAGAGACCCAAGAGAUCGGCGCGGUCCGCCACCGCGAGGCCUAGAGAACGACAUGGCUGCAAUGGACAUCAAUGGCAGGGGCCCGCCUAGACCGCAUACUUCAAAUUCCAAUGGAAGACGCCCGGAUAUGCGACAGCCACCUCCACGCGGACCUCCACCCGGGCAGGGCCGAGGUGGCUACCCAAUGGGCCCAGUGCGAGCUGCUAGCUCAGGCAGACCAGAUCGACGUGAUAGAGACUAUCCAGACUUCAUGGGGCCGUCUAUGCCUCCGCCACCAAGAAGCGCAACGAUGCCGCUCGCUCCAGGCGCUCCAAGCGCACCACUCUACCCAGGCCAAUCGACCUACCAAGAAACAGAUUACCCAGAACCUCCUAUGCGUCCUGAUACUGCUGGAAGCAUGCGAACCCCACGAUCUCGGGCUCCCAACGACAUAGACCCAGGCCUAAUGAUCCCCCCCACUGGAUUGAUGAUCCCCCCUGAGCCCGCCAAUCGUGUUUCGUAUGCGCCCAAAGACUUUUUGGACAGCUAUUAUGAGUCUGGUGGUGGUGCUGAUGAACCCGAGAUGCCUAACUUCGAUGCCAUAGACGCACAUCAGCGCGGCCCAAUUGAUGAGAUGGGCCUGGAAAUAACACCAGUCAAGAGACCAGGCCCUGCUCCGACUUCUUCGCCUGGAGACUACUAUUCCCCCAACGGGGUGGAUCCUAUGCGCUCCCAAUCCCAACCAAAUCUCCAACAAGGACCGAAUGCCAAUCAGUUUCAAAAUGCGGGAUUCCAGUUUGACAUUCCCGGAGAAGCUCCCGGUUUCGAUCACCCAGGCGCUGCUGGGUAUGCGCCGAAUGGUUAUGAGGAUUAUGCCGGUUACUCUCAUGGUCCUGCCCCGGCCCGAACCAACCAGCCAGGCUAUUCCCACGACCAGGCCGAGGUAUCAGAACCUCAGCAGAAUCCCGAUGCUCUUCCUCACCACCCAGCCCCGUUCCGCCCUGGACACGAUCAGGCGCCAAAGCCUGCACCGGUUCGGCAGUACAGCGCUCCUGAACCCAUCCCAGCCCCCGUUGCUCCACAGCCAAUGAGGGUCCCCGGUCCAACGGCUCAGACGCCUGUCACGAUUCAAGAGAUACAGCAACUGCAACAGAAGGCGCGAGGCAAUCCCGCCGACCAGCACACUCAACUUCUCCUCGCCAAAAAGCUGGUAGAGGCAUCCACGGUUCUGGUAGGGGAUGACAGCAGACUCGAUCCGAAAACCAAAGCCAAGGCCAAGGAGAAGUACGUGAUGGAUGCGCAUAAGAUUAUCAAAAAGCUCGUGACAGCUGGGUACUCUGAAGCCCAGUUUUUCCUAGCCGACUGCCACGGUGAGGGUCUACUGGGACUCGAAGUCGACCCCAAAGAAGCUUUCUCACUAUACCACUCUGCUGCGAAGCAAGGACACGCGCAGUCGGCAUACCGCGUGGCCGUAUGCUGCGAGAUUGGCCAGGAAGAAGGAGGUGGUACCAAACGUGAUCCAUUCAAGGCCGUUCAAUGGUACAAGCGUGCCGCUGCGCUUGGUGAUACACCCGCCAUGUACAAAAUGGGAAUGAUUAAUCUAAAGGGACUGCUGGGUCAAGCUCGGAACCCUCGGGAGGGUGUGUCGUGGCUUAAGCGGGCGGCUGACCGUGCGGACGAGGAAAACCCGCACGCCCUCCACGAGCUUGCCCUCAUGUAUCAGAACGCUGGCGGCAAUGACAUCAUCAUCCGCGACGAGAAGUAUGCCUCCCAGUUAUUCCAUCAAGCUGCCGAGCUGGGCUACAAGUUCUCUCAAUUCAGACUUGGUACUGCCUAUGAGUACGGCCUGAUGGGAUGUCCCAUUGAUAACCGCACGAGUAUCAUCUGGUACACUCGUGCCGCGGCCCAGGGUGAACACCAGAGUGAACUCGCCCUUAGUGGCUGGUAUCUCACUGGAUCAGAGGGCAUUCUAUUGCAGAAUGACACCGAGGCCUAUCUAUGGGCUCGUAAGGCGGCCACCGCAGGCCUUGCCAAGGCUGAAUAUGCCAUGGGAUAUUUCACCGAGGUCGGAAUCGGUGCUGCUGCUAACUUGGAUGACGCAAAGCGAUGGUACUGGCGCGCAGCUGCACAAGGAUUCCCCAAGGCUCGUGAGCGUCUUGAAGACCUCAAGAAGGGCGGAAGCCGAAUGCAAAAGACUCGCCUCUCACGCUCGGCCGUUAACAAGCAGAGUGAUGGGGAUUGCGUUCUCAUGUAA